AUGGCACCCAAAAUCACAGCUGGAAAUGCUCUCAUCGUUCUGGCCAACCUUUUCUAUUCGAUUGGCGCGUUCGUCUUCGACUUCAAUGAGACGCAUGUGAGGAAUCCUCGAUGGCCUCCUCACGCGAGGUUUCAUAACGGCCAAACCAUGACCCUUGGGCUCUUUUUGUCCAUAACCUCGAUCUACUUACUCCUGAGGCCAGCAGCGACGAAGGCCCAAGCCCUCGACAACUUGUUCAUAUCGGCUCUCAUCGGUUCCUUCUACUGCACGGCUGGAAUGAGUGCGAUUCUGUAUCCUGGGACCGCCUGGCAGGAUCCUGAGUUUGCUCAGGGAGGAGAACAGAGGUUUCUGUUCUCGGGAAUUGUUGUUGCUUUAUGGAUCGGGUAUUGGCUUGAGGCGUCGCGAUUGGCAAAGGUCAAAGGUUCUUGA